AUGACGCCGGCCAAAAAGACCAAAGGUCGCCAAAAGAUUGAAAUGACAAAGAUAUUAGAUGAAAAAAGCUUGGCCGUCACGUUUUCUAAGCGACAUUCUGGUCUUUUCAGCAAGGCAAACGAGCUUUCCACCCUUUGUGGGGUGGAGCUUGCCAUCAUCAUGUUUUCCCCAACCAAAAAGCCAAUCUCAUAUGGUGUUCCAAGUGUUGAGGCGAUUUUAGAUCGCUACAUGGAACAACUUCCUCCUCCGGAUCCGCGCAUGUCUCAAUAUAUGGAGUCUUACCGCAAUGCGUCCAUCCAACAACUCAACAGCGAGCUUACCGACAUGAUUGCUCAAACGCAAGCUGAGAAAAAGACCGGUGAAGAACUUGACUUAAUAAAGAAAGACAGGCAAGAUCGUCAUUGGUGGAAUGCUCCGAUAGAGACCUUAGAUGCCGAACAGCUUGAGAAAUUGAAGGCGGCGAUGUUGGAAUUGAGGAACAGCGCUGAAAAGCAAGCCGAAAGGCUUAUGGUGGAGGCUGCUACCACUUCUACACCAAUAAUUCCUGGCUUUCGGUCUAUGGGGGCAGAUGGUGCUGGUCCAUCAAACUGA